UGUUCUCAUUUUGGCUGUAGAGCUUUGUGAUCUGAUGGAUUCUGAGCCCAGGGGCUGCGGGGAGGUGGACUCACACACAAGGGCCUGGCGGUGCCUUCGAGCAGGACCCGUGAGGAAAGCAAGUGACAUGAGACUCCACGGAGGCAGCGUUGCAGCCCCCCGUGCCCUUGUGAAGUGAGCAGCCCGACCCAGGCGGCCCCCGGUCAUGGCGGCUCUGCGGCCCCGCCGGCCCAACUGCAUCCGGGCAGCGUUCGCCGGCUCCAGGGCCGGCUUCCGGAGGAGGUGGAGAGACCUGCCCCGUCGCCUCAAGGUCACCCACAAAAAGCACCACAUGGACUUAAUUGAAGGUCUCUGGAGAGAGGCCCUUGGCUCACGGAGCUGCCCAGGCGCCCGACUGCGAGGCCAUCACUGCCGGAAGGAGGACAAACGAUGCCCUCAGUUUUCAGAUCCUUGCGAUGGCGAGUCUUCGGACGACACCCCCGGCCGUCCGGGCCACGUGACCUGUGUUGUGCCUUCACAUGCACCGCGGUCCAGGAGUCCAGAAGUCCGUGUAGAAGACGCGCUCUCCUCGAAAAUCCCAGACCUCAUGGAAGCUGCCGGCCGGGUCCCUGUGUCCCCGGGGGCCGCUGACGUGGACAUGCAGCCUGCCGGGGCCAGCAGCCCUGCGGCCCGGGGUGGCGCAGCCCAGCUCUCGGGAGCCCCGGAGGACUGGAGAGGGACGGAGGAGCAGCGGCGGGGGGCAGCCGGCUGCAUGGCCGCGGAGCCUGCUGUGCCGGGUGGACACACACGGGGCAGGACCAGAGGGUCCCGGCUGUCGCCCAGGCUGCCACCCAGACUCGGGAGUGAGGACAAGGCGCCCAAGCUCCUCCUCUCCAAGAGGAAACUGGAACUCUUCCUGGCGGAGCCCGAGAAAAGGAAGAGGAAGAAGCAGCACUCGGCCUGGGCCCAGGGCAUCAACUGUGCAUGAGUCUGGCGCUGGCGACAGGUGACCGCUGCCCACACACCCCGGGACCCCCAGGACCGUGCGGUUCCCAAGUGCCAAUAAAGGGAAGCCGGAGGAGA